AAACCAUGCUACUAACAGUUUCAAGAAAGUAAAACUGCAUCGACUAUUAGAAUGGACUUCACGCUCAAGCUUGCAAUCCCGGAUUUGGGAUUGAAGCGGGAGUUUAAGGAAUCUAAAUCCGUGUUAAUUCCUAUUAAAACUUCAGAUCAAAGGGUAAAGUUUAGCCUGAAACUGGUAGUUGAUAAUGUUGCUGUUGAGGGUGAGACCAGGUUGUGCUUAAGUGUAUAUAUCUGUUGUGAACCUACAAACCCGACUGAGGGUGAAUGGCAAUGUGUUGCAAGUGCGGAAGUUACGAUAGGAGAACUCACGAGAAAGUUCAAUCAUAAGUUCACAGAAAAGGAAUAUGAGUGGGGGUUUGCCAACUUUGUUCCUUGGGAUCAAGAAUUCUUUAGUGAAAAGAAUGGUUUUGUUGACAAGUGUGGAACCAUGAAUGUAUCCGCCUGUAUCCGAGCCUUACCUCCACAAUUCACAGCCUCAGCCUCAAGUUCUAAAUCAGCCUCAGUCUCAGCCUCAAGUUCUAAAUCAGCCUCCAUCUCCGAGGAUAAAAGCGAAGAUGAAGCCUACCAGGUAUUGAUUGAUGCUGGUCAAGAAAAUCACAGCUUAGUCAAGUUUACCCGUCUCAAGAAUACUAAAACUAAUGAACUGGAAUAUCUUUACAAUCCCAACAAUCCCAAGAACAAGCACAAGAAUAUGUGUCUUCAAUGGAACAUGGCAAUACAAACUUUGGAGGGAGGAAAGAAGGAUUUGCACAUUGCAAUCUGUAAAAUUAAAGAAGAGAAGCCAACACCCGAGUCCCAGGAGAAGCUAUUACUAAAGCUUGAACUGUUGAUGAAAGAUCUAGAGAUAUUGUUAAUGAAAUAUACAAAAAUAAUGAAAGAGCAUGUACCAAUUACCAACAACCCUAUGUGGGAUGCAGCUGAGUACUCCUUAAAAGAUCUUGUGCUGAAAACUGUGGUGGCCAAGGAGAAGCAUGUUUUACCAGCCCUGCAUGAAUUUUGUCUUGACAAGGCGAAAUGUACAGAAUGCCCAAGUAGCAAAAAUUCUAGUUGUGCAAUUGGUAAUCCUCCUCCUCCAUGUGUUCUUAACCCCACAAACUUCAACACUGAAGGAACAUUUGGCAGGCUUGUUAAGAUGAGCUUUUUAAAACUUCUCAAGCAUGAAGAUCCAGAAUACCGAAAGCAGAGCAUUUCUGUUUUUCGAGAAAUAUUUAUGUCCCCAGUGGCAAAAAACAGUGACAUAAAUGAAAUGAAGAGUAUGCCAUCAACUGAAUAUUGGAACAUCAUGAUCAAACUUCCCUAUUUCCAUGUUGUGAAAUAUUUUUACCUGAACGCGGCCCUUUUCUUAGCAUGGAUGACAGCCUGGGAUCCAAACAUAUACAUUUAUGUUGCCGACCAUUUUUUGGGUAACACAGAAAAAUUCAUGUCUGAAGUCAAGACAGUUCAGGAGUCUCAUUUGUUCGGAGAGCACGGUUUGUUUGGAAUGUUUGAUUUAGUUGUUUAUUUGUUAAUCACAUGUAUCAAAGGAGACUUUUGUGAAUUUAAUCUAAAUCUGUGGAUGUUUGAACUGGAUAUUCUUCAACACCUGGCCAACUUUGGAAAUGAUGAUUUCUUCUCAAAACCUACCAAACAUUUUUUCAAAUUUUCUGAAAAUGUUUGGAAGGCCAGAUCAUGGUAUGAUGUGGACAAUAGUUCAGUGACUGACAAGUCCACAUCUACCAAAGUAAAGGAUUGUGAAGUAUGCAGGAAACCAGGGGAAUUCUCAACAAAUAUCCUCAUCAGGCCCAGGGAACGUUGGAGCUAUCCAGUUGACAAAAAUGACUUCAAUCAGUUUCAAAGAAGCCGGGUAGGAAUCUGUUCAGAAAGUUGCUUUCUCUCUGCAAUUUCAGGAAUGCUCCCACAGUUGCACUUCUUUACCAAAAACCUUGGAAAGGAAAUUCUUAGGGAUAACUAUUUAUCACAAGAACUUAAAGCAGCUAUCUUAAGCAACUGGAAUGGCAUUAAGUAUCUUACAGUUCGAAGAGGAAUAAGUGUCUUAAUGAUGAUUUGGAAUGUCUGGAUUGAAAAGGGAAAGGUUGUGAGAAUGAUAGAUAGUGAGGAUGCAAGUAUAAGGCACCACUUUAGUAAAAUUCAACAAACAACAGAGAAUGUAGGGUAUGUCAACAAGCUUCUGGUUCAUGGUGAAGAUUUCUCAUGUGACCAUAGAUUGAUUUGGGAAGGCUGUAUUGAUAUGGAUGGGUUUGAUGCACUUUUCCAGGGACUGCUGCCUUCACUGAAAACUGGGAUUGGUCAUAAGAAAAGCAGCCUCUUCAUCUGCCCAUCUGUGGACAUAGUAUUUGCGGAUAAAUAUCAUGAUGUUUCAGUACCAUGGGAUUCACCAGAAGGGAGAAGUGCAGACAUAAUCCCACUUGUUGUUGGCUCUUUUCCCUGCAAGUUUCUGAGGGAAAAUUGUUGGAAACUCCGCUUUGUAGGAGAUCUUGAAGUAGCCAGUAUUAAGUUGGGCUUUGAUACCAACUGUUUCCUUCUAGUUUUUACCUCUGAUUAUGCAAUUAGCGGUGGUGUUAUUCUUAUUCAGAAUCAUUUAGGCAGAUGGGUUGCCUUCUUACCCCACUCUAAAGAUCACUUUCUUCAAAUCUUUUACAGCAAAGAUGCGGUUGAUUGGAGUAACCUAUAUAAGAAUUAUUCAAAAGAGAUAGCUGCUAUGCCAGUUAAGAAGCAAAGAUCACUGGAAGCUAAUGAAGUUUCAUGCGUAAUAGAACAGAAGAUAGGUAUUUUGCUUACCUCGCUUGCUUGUGAGCCCAGCAAAGUAUCAAGAGAUAUGUUCCCUGUUGUCUACAGACAGAGCAAGCCUGAAGACAAGCUGAAGUUUCUUGAAUCUCAUCCUCAGUUGUUUACAUCAAUGCAUUUGGUUGGCUGUCCACACAAACUAUUGUGGAAAGGCAUUGUUGUUCAACACAAUUUUAUGAACAGAUCCCUUAUUCGUAAAUUCAGUUUUUCUGGAGUGGCCUAUCUAUGUAAGGAGACAUGUGAACCUAACUUUCGUGAUUCUGCACCACCUCCAUCAUUUUGGAGUAGCAUGCCUGAAGAGCUGACUGUUUUUCAGUUUGAUUCAUUUGAAUUCACGCUGACUAAAAACCUCAUAGGUGUUAAGCACUAUAUGUUUGUAAUGGACAUUGGAGCCUUCCCAGACAUUUUCUUUUCUUCAGGGGGAAUUGCUUUUUUGUUUCAGGACUUCAAGCUGGUCUAUACCAUAGUAUUAAGAAAGCCUGGUAAGAACAGGAUGCUAAUUUGUGAUGUCUUGACAGGGGACCCAUGUUCUAUUAACAAAAAGAGUCAGUUCACAAACCAUAUGAGCUUUCAAUGGACAAAUUUGAAAUGCCAAUACAAAACCAACGGUCUGAAAGGGGCUUCAGGUCUGUUUGAGCUGAUAACAGAUAAUAGUUUUGUUGUGAUUACCCUGCCAAGUCAUCAUAUUGAGCUACCGCUUUGUGUUAGAAACCAGAAGAGAACCGUUGCAGAUACUUCAUUAGGGCCAGUAUUAUGGCAGGGAGGAAUGAUCUUCAUGUUUUUGUUCCCCUGUGAAGCAGAUUCUGUUACAGGGUUGGAUCAACAUUCAUGCUUUGCUUUUAACUUCGCAGGAGCAGAUAAGAGUUCAGGGUUUCGGGCUAGAGUUUACGACCGCGUAUUUCCAAUAUCUCUGGGUGUAUACAUAAAUUCCGCCUACAGGACACCUUCAGGACACCAGGUGUAUGGACUGAAUGGAUAUAUUACUGGUACUAUUCCCUCCGAGGAUUUUCGGAUGUUUGACGUAAAAAGCGAAGGCCCUCACACAUUUGUUGCCCUACGGGUUUCUAAAAAGCUGGUAGAGAACGCGAUCGGCAGAUUUAAAAAAUGCUACUUUUUCAACUUUCAUCUUCAUGACUUCACAUUUCUCAAUGCGGAUUUAACACGGGACAUUUGCUACUUUUUUGGAUUCUUCCUGCCUUUGGGUGAAACAGUAGCGGAUAAGAUUAAAGAUGAGGUUGAGCUGAGCUCUAGGUUUUUAAUCCUGAAGUAUGAGGAGAGGAUUGAUUGCCUGGUUGGAUUCUAUCCUAAAGAGCAGAGUAAACGUAUUCAGCUGAUUCAGGCCCUGAAUGGUAAGGAUGAUCUGUCCCUGCGAUCCCAUCUUCGGAAGCUGACCGCUAAACCUAAGAAGGAGGAAGUUUCAUUUUCACAAGCCGCCAUAGACAUUGACAACAGUCGAGAGAACUGUAAAUCUGCGUUUCCUUUAACUGUGCCCAAAGUAAAGCUGAAACGGGUAAAGUUAGCCCCAGAAGAGUUUAAGAAACUAACAAUCCAACAAGUUGAAAUGCCAAAUUUUGAUUUAAAACAAGCAGAUCAACAACCGUCGGGCACUGUUUCUGUGAAUGAAGGACAAGAUGGAGUUAAAGCGAAGGAGGAGGAUAUUGAAGAACAUACAGAUACAGACAUAAUUGAGAAACAUCCAAAUGGAGAGGUCCAUGAAACCCAGCCUGGAACUGGGAAAGAACCCUUGGCAAAGGAGCUGGAGAGAAAAGCUAAAGAUGAUGAUGCUUGCGGAGAGAAAUCAAAGGAUAAAUCUACGAACAGGAUGGAUUCAUCAGGAGAUAAAGCUGAGGAUAAUGAAGGCUCGGAUGAUGAGGUCUUGGAUGAUGAGGUCUUGGAUGAUGAAGUCUUGGAUGAUGAAAAAUCCUCUCCGGUUCCUAAGGGUAGAACUGUCGUGAUGAGAACUAUUUAUCUAACGGAUAAAAUAUCCGUGGGAAAUAUGGCCAAAAAAGCUUUGGAGGAUGAAAUGAAGAUGAGUGAUGGAGAAAGUGAAAAAGAAAAAGAGUCUGAUGGAAAGAAAGAAGAAGGAAAGGUUGAGGAAAAGAGAAAGGAUAGAAAGGAGAAGAAUAAGAAGAUUAUAAAAUAUUGUUGGAACUGUAAGAAGGAGUGA